AUGCUUACAAAAUCCGUCUCAAGAGCUCCAUUCAGAAGCUUUCGUUUAACAUCGAAAAGAUACACCACUUAUCAGUCUGGCUCUGAAGGUGCCACGGCAUCUUCUGGUCAAUUCGGUCAAAAGGAAAGGGCGAUCGAAAAUCAGUGGGCCCGUUCGCAUGACGCUGAUAAAAUCAAAAUGUUGCGUGAAGCUUUAGCCAAGCAAGAGAAGAAUACAGAGGCUAUCAAGAAAGAUCUUGAAGCUUUGGAGAAAAAACACCAACAAACCAAGUAA